AUGCAGAUGAGUAGAAGUGCAGACAAACGCAAUAAUAUUGACAUUACGAAGAACAAAAUUGGGUCACUUGGCUCAAUUUUCAUACAUGUAGAUGCUAUCGAUAAGUUCUUGAUGACUCUCGGGUUCCUUGGAGCUGUAGGUGAUGGACUCUCUACUCGGAUGUUGAUUGUUUUUAAUAGUGGUUUGAUGAACAAUAUGGGAAGAGGUGGAGUCUUUGAUGAGAAAAAAAUGAUUCCCUUCUUCUACUUGGCCCUCGCAUCAAUGCUUACUUGUUUCUUAGAGGGGUUUUGUUGGACAAGAACUGGGGAGAGACAAGCUACAAAAAUGAGAAGAAACUAUUUGAAAGCGGUGUUACGCCAAGAGGUAGCUUACUUAGAUUCGCAUCAAACAAGCGCCUCUGAGGUUGUAAUAAGCAUGUCAAAUGACAUUCAGAUCAUUCAAGAUGUUCUCAGUGACAAGGUGCCAGACUUUGUGAAUAAAGUCUCCCUUUUUGUUACAAGUUACGUGAUAGCAUUUGUGUUGAUGUGGAAACUGGCUUUGGUUGGACUCCCCUUUCUGUUGCUUCUGGUACUUCCUGGUUGGAUUUGUGGGAGAAACUUAACAAGAAUAUCAGGGAAGAGAAGACAAGAACACAUUAAGACCGGGACAAUAGCAGAACAGGCAAUAUCAUCUAUUAGAACAGUUUAUGCAUAUGUUGGAGAGAACAAAACUAUAACACAAUUUUCUGCAGCCAUACAUGGGAGUACAAAGCUUGGUUUGAAGCAAGGCUUGGUUAAGGGGUUGGCAAUUGGUAGCACCUACACUGUCUUUGCCAUUUGGGCUGUCAUGUCUUACUUGGGUAGCAGAAUGGUUAUAUACCAUGGUGCUCUAGGAGGGACUGUUUUUGCUGUUGGUGUUUCCAUAAUCAAUGGAGGAAUGGCAAUGGGUUAUGCUUUAUCAAACUUGAAGUACUUUGCAGAUGCAUGCUCAGCUGGAGAGAAUAUCAUGAAGGUUAUCAAUCGAGUUCCUGAAAUUGAUUCAGAAAACAUGGAAGGCACAGUUCUGGACAAUGUCUCAGGUGAAGUCCAGUUUGAUCAUCUCAAGUUUGCGUAUCCAUCAAGGCCUGAGAGCAUUGUUCUGAACAACUUUUCUCUAACCGUACCAGCCGGAAAUACUGUUGCCUUAGUCGGCUCAAGUGGAUCAGGGAAAUCAACAGCGACCUUACUGUUGCAAAGAUUUUAUAACCCUCUUGAGGGACAUAUUCUACUAGAUGGGUUUGCCAUUGACAAGUUACAGCUUAAGUGGCUCAGGUCUAUAAUGGCAUCUGUAAGCCAAGAGCCUUCAUUGUUCUCAACCACCAUCAAGGAGAAUAUACUAUUUGGCAAGGAAGAUGGCACAAUGGAGGAAGUAGUUGAGGCUGCCAUAGCUAGCAAUGCUCAUAAUUUCAUAUCUCAGUUGCCGAAUGGGUAUGACACCCAGGUUGGUGAGAGAGGCGUUCAAGUAUCAGGUGGACAGAAGCAAAGAAUAGCAAUUGCGAGAGCACUUAUAAAGAAACCAAAAAUCCUUCUCCUUGAUGAGGCCACCAGUGCAUUAGACUCAGAGUCAGAAGGACUAGUUCAAGAAGCCCUCCAUAGAGCAGCCACAGGAAGAACCACCUUAGUCAUUGCUCACCGCUUAUCCACCAUUCAGAAGGCUGAUGUUAUUGCUGUUAUGCAAAAUGGUUCUGUCAUGGAACUCGGUUCACAUGAUGAACUAAUUCAACAGACAAAUGGAGUUUACGCCUCGUUUGUCUGCCUUCAACAAACACCACAAAAGGAGACACCAGAAGAUCAAGGUCCUUCAUCAUCUUUGGUCAACUUGUACGAUAGUACUAGUACUUGGCACCUGGACUCAACCUCCCAGCUUGUUGCAUCUGAUAGUACUAGUACUACUACUGCUCAAGAAUCUAGAAGCAACCUUUCCAAGCAGAAGUCAUCAUAUUGGAGAUUGUUAUCUAUGAAUAUUCCAGAGUGGAAGCAAGCAGUAUUAGCUUGGUUAUGUGCGAUUUUUUUUGGAGCUGUUGAACCUCUAUAUGGAUUCACCAUGGGGACUACAUUAUCCAUAUAUUUCUUGACAAAUCCGGAGGAGAUUAAGGCGAAAAUCACAACUCUCGCUUUCUGCUUUUUCGGGUUGUCUGUGAUCGCGUUACUGAUUAAUCUCCUGGAACACUAUAGUUUUGCAUACAUUGGGGAGCAUUUGAGCAAUCGGAUUAGAGAAAUGAUGCUCACCAAGAUACUUAGUUUCGAAGUUGGCUGGUUCGACGAUGAUAGAAAUUCUAGUGGUGCCAUUUGCUCUAAACUCACCAAAGAUGCUGAACAGGUCAGAUCUUUAGUUGGUGACAGAAUGUGCCUUCUUAUACAAACCAUCUCAGCUGUGACUAUAGCUUGGACAAUGGGCCUAAUAAUUGCAUGGAGGCUUGCCGUAGUCGUCAUUGCGACCCAACCCAUAAUCAUUAUGGGCCUCUAUACUCGGCGUGUCCUGCUCAGCAGAAUGUCCAGUAAAGCAGUCAAAAGCCAAGAGGAAAGUUGCAAGCUUGCAGCUGAAGCUAUCUACAACCUCAGGACCAUCACUUCCUUCUCAGCUCAGAGCAGGAUUCUCAAAAUGCUAGAAAAGGUCCAAGAAGGCCCACAUAGAGAAAGCCUGCGGCAAUCAUGGUUCGCCGGUAUUGGCCUCGGGUUUUCAAUGAGCACUUCAAUCCUCAUUGUAGGUUUAAGCUAUUGGUAUGGCAGCAGGCUUGUCUCCCAAGACUACCUCACACCAAGAGCAGUGUUUGAGACCAUCCUCAUUCUGCUAACCACCGGUCGGGUCAUAGCAGAUGCCGGAAGCAUGACAUCGGACCUGGCCCAUGGCUGGGAUGCAAUUGGGUCAAUAUUUGGCAUCUUGGACCGAACCACAAGAAUAGAACCCCAAGUUCCAAAAGACUCCCAGGUUGAAAAACUAAUGGGAGAGGUCCAUUUUCUUGACGUGUACUUUGCAUACCCAACAAGGCCCAAUGUGAUGAUCUUCCAAGGCUUCUCAAUGAACAUUGAAGCAGGAAAGUCCACGGCGUUGGUGGGCCAAAGCGGGUCGGGUAAAUCAACCGUUAUCGGACUAAUUGAGAGAUUUUAUGAUCCGAUCAGGGGGGUGGUGGAAAUCGACGGUCGUGAUAUAAAGUCUUACAACCUAAGGUCAUUGAGGAAACAUAUGGCAUUGGUAAGCCAAGAACCUACAUUGUUUGCUGGUACCAUAAGAGAGAACAUAGUAUUUGGAGCGUCGGAAAACAUGGAUGAAACUAUGGUCAUUGAGGCAGCAAGGGCAGCCAAUGCUCAUGAGUUCAUCAGUGCGUUAAAGGACGGGUACGACACGUCGUGUGGCGAUAGAGGAUUGCAACUCUCUGGGGGUCAGAAGCAGCGCAUUGCUAUAGCAAGAGCUAUACUGAGAAACCCUGCAGUGUUGUUACUUGACGAGGCAACGAGCGCGCUUGAUAGCCAAUCGGAGAAGGUGGUUCAAGAGGCAUUGGAGCAUGUCAUGGUGGGGAGAACCAGUGUGGUAGUGGCGCACAGGUUGAGUACCAUACAAAACUGUGACCACAUUACGGUGCUUGAUAAAGGAAAGGUAGUGGAGAAGGGGUCUCACUCUUCUCUUUUGGCUAAGGGACCUUCAGGAGCUUAUUACUCCUUAGUCAAUUUCACAAGCAGGAGUACACAAUCUUAA